AUGGCUAGUCAAGCUAAAAAUACAUUCGAAAUUCCGAAAUGGGCUGGGAAACCUGUAGCUGGUUUACAUUUAGAUGUGGUGAAAGAAGGCAGAUUAAUACAGAAAUUGAUGAUUGAUGAGAAAAAAUGCUACUUCUUUGGGCGAAACAAAGAAUUAUGUGAUUUUACGAUUGAUCACGCAUCCUGUUCACGAGUUCAUGCUGCACUUCUUUGGCACAAAGAACUUAGUCGACCAUUUUUAAUCGAUCUCGGAUCAACACAUGGAACAUUCAUAGGUCACAUUCAAUUAGACAGUCAUAAACCACAGCAAGUACAUAUCGAUAGUGAAAUUCACUUUGGCGAAUCGAGUCGUAUCUACAUUAUUCGUGAACGUCCACAAAUACAAGGAAAUAAACUUCAUCAUAUAUUCGGUAGUAAUGCCAAUACAUUAAAUUCAAGUAGCGAUGCAAAUGGCGAUCAUAAUGAUGAGAAUCGUGAUGCGAAUAGUUCAUUUUCAAUGCCAGAAUCGGAAGUCGAACUUGAUAAUUUAACAGAAUUUAACACUGCUCAUAAUCGACGUAUUGCACAAAUAGUUCAAAUAACUGAUUUACCUAAUGUACCAACUGUGAAGAGAAAACGACGAAAUGUUACAUUUAAUGAAGAGGAUGAUGUUAUUAAUCCAGAGGAUGUCGACCCAAAUGUUGGUCGAUUUCGCAAUCUUGUUCAGACAACUGUCGUUGUACCGAAGAAACGAAAACUUGAUCAUCCAGCAGUUAGUCAUCUCGGUCUUGACACUACUCAAAAACAUGCCCAAGAAUUUCACUAUUCACAACUCUAUGAUGCAAGUCAUCCCAUUCAUAGUGAUACAUCAGCUGAAGCGCAAAAUCCCUUACAAGCUCAACAUCUAAGCGUAGCAGCAAAACUUGGAAUAGCAUUACCAAAUCUCGCACCUGAUCUUCGUGAUUAUGAUGUAACUGAACCUGCAGUACCAUUCCUUCUAAAAAUAACUCCAACUGCACUGGAAACAUCGUCAUCGAACACAAAUAAUGACAGUUUUGAACCGAAGAAAAAGAAAUAUGCGAAAGAAGCUUGGCCCGGCAAACGACCAUCUGGUUCUGUAUUACUUGUGAAAUAA